AUGGCUAACCCAAAAUCUUUUCUACAUGAAUGGUGUGCAAAAAAUAAUUUGGAUCCACAGUUUGAAACCAAGCAAGCCGGUUCAAAGAAUAUACGGUUUAUAUGUGAAGUUACUGUUGGUGGACAUAACUAUGUAGGUGUAGGAAAUUCAACUAAUAAAAAAGAUGCUCAAGGAAAUGCAUCAAAAGACUACAUCUUAUACUUGAUAAGGCAGGGAUUGGUAUCUACUGAUUCGUUACCACCUAAUUUUAUUUCUGGUCCUGCUUCAAAUGAUUCCAUGGUUAAUGCAUCCCAAAGAUUAAUGAAUAAUGUACCACCCAAAUCUGUGUAUCAACAAGGCCAAACUCCAAAUAUGCUCGGUGAAGCUUAUCGACCAAUUGGGAAAGCAAAUUUUCAGUUUAAAGAUUUUUUGAAUGACCAAAAUAAAGUUGAAGAGGCAGAAAGUUUGGAUGUGAAUGCUGCUGUGCAUGGUAAUUGGACAAUUGAUAAUGCCAAAUCACGUUUAAAUCAAUUUAUUCAAUCUAAUAAGUUAAAAAACGUUGAUUACAAAUAUAGUUUCAUGGGAAAGAGUUUUGUUGCUGAAAUGUCAAUAUACAUAGCUGAACUUGGAAGAAAUGUAAUUGCUCGUGAAAGUGGUUCAAACAAACAAUCAGCAUCCAAAAGUUGUGCACUUUCUUUGAUUCGUCAACUAUGCCUUUUAGGUGUUAUUGAACCAUUUUCAGGAUCUUUGAAAAAACCUAUUUUAAACACAGUAAAACCAUAUGAAGUUAAUGUCAGUCCUUUAAUAUUAAACAAAGUAUAUAAUAUACUGCAAGAGUAUAAUAUUGAACCUGUGAUUAAGAAUGAUACUAUUAUUGAACCCGGAACCACGAUUUCAUUAGUUUCUAAUCAAAUACUUGCGGAAUUUAAAGAGCCAAAACUAAUUGGACAAAGAGUUAUUCCAUGGUCACCACCUCAACCAAAUUGGAAUCCUUGGUUGGCCGUAAAUAUUGAUAAAGGUCCUUUAGCUAUUGCUACUUUAGAUGAAUUAAGUGAAGAACUAUCUAAAGAUUAUACUAAGAAAUUAAAUUCCUCAGAAUGUUUUAAAGAAAGUAUUGCAAUGCGUAGCAAACUUCCAGUAUUUAAAAAAAAAAAUGAUAUUUUAGAUGUAAUAAGAAAAAACUCAAUAGUUAUUAUUCAAGGUAGUACUGGUUGUGGUAAAACUACUCAAGUCUGUCAAUUUAUACUUGAUGAGUACCUGAAAAAUGACAAAGGGGCUUACUGCAAUAUAAUUUGUACGCAACCAAGAAAGAUAUCAGCCAUCUCUAUUGCUGAUAGAGUGGCUUUUGAAAGAAAUGAAGAUAUAGGUUUAAGUGUUGGUUAUAGUGUUAGAUUUGAUAGCAUAUUUCCGAGACCUACUGGGGCAGUUUUGUUCUGUACAGUUGGUGUAUUAUUACGUAAAUUGGAAAAUGGUAUACGUGGUAUAUCACAUGUAAUUGUUGAUGAAAUACAUGAACGAGAUGUAAAUAGUGAUUUCCUCAUGAUUGUACUCAAAGAUAUGAUAUAUCACUAUCCUGACCUAAGAGUUAUUUUUAUGUCGGCCACCAUAAAUACUUCUAUGUUUUCUAAAUACUUUAAUUAUUGUCCAGUCAUUAAUGUAGAAGAGAGAUUCUAUCCUGUGAAAGAAUAUUUUCUCGAAGACAUUGUUCAAGUGUUAAACUAUCAGCCAACUCCAGAUAUCAAAAAACGUAAGAAUAAAGAUACCGAUGAAGAAUAUGUCAUUGAUGCACCAGAUCAUGAGGAAAAUUGUAAUUUACUUGUAUCUGAUGAAUAUCCUCCUGAAGUUAAAUCUAAAGUAGCCUUGAUUAGUGAAAAAGAUAUCGAUUUUGAAAUUAUUGAAGCAUUAUUAAUGCACAUUGAAGUAGAGAUGAAUACACCUGGAGCAGUUCUAAUAUUUUUACCCGGUUGGAAUUUAAUUUUUGAACUCAAAAAAUAUUUAACUCAGAAACAAUUUUUCGCAUCUUCAAAAUUUUGUGUACUACCACUCCAUUCACAACUUCCGUGUGCAGAUCAACGUAGAGUUUUUGAACCUGUACCGUCUGGAGUACGAAAGGUGAUUUUAUCUACAAAUAUAGCCGAAACAUCAAUAACUAUUAAUGAUGUAGUAUUUGUAAUCAACUAUGGCAAAGCAAAGAUAAAAUUCUUUACUUCACAUAAUAAUAUGACUCAUUACGCAACAGUUUGGGCGUCUAAAACAAACAUGCAGCAAAGAAAAGGUAGAGCGGGCCGCGUUAGAGGUGGUUUCUGUUUUCACUUAUGCACAAAGGCACGUUAUGAUAAAAUGGAUGAUCACAUAACACCAGAAAUGUUUCGAACGCCUUUACAUGAAAUAGCUUUAUCUAUUAAAUUGUUAAGACUUGGAAAUAUUGGACAAUUUUUAAGCAAGGCUAUUGAACCUCCACCUAUUGACGCUGUAAUUGAAGCCCUAGUGGUGCUCAAAGAGAUGAAUUGUCUUGGAAUAAAUGAAGAGUUAACGUCACUUGGUCAUAUUUUAGCAAAAUUACCAAUCGAGCCUCAGAUUGGUCGCAUGAUGGUGUUGGGAAAUAUCUUAAUGUUAGGUGACGCCUUAGCUAUUAUAGCUGCUAUAUGUUCAAACAUGACAGAUGUAUUUAUAAUCGAUCAUAGAAUGACACCAGCACAGCGUGCUUUCUCUGGUAACCGUUGUUCUGAUCAUUUGGCUCUACUAAAUGCUUUUCAUCAAUGGCAAUCUUUGGCCUAUUGUAAUAUUAAUCCAACAGAAUACUGUGAAAAUAAAAUGUUGUCUCAACCUUCAUUGACUUCAACAGCAGAUGUUAUGGAACAACUGAAAGAAAUAUUUAUCAAAAUUGGAUUUCCUGAAAUGUGUUUUCAAAUUCAGACAUUUGAUUUUGGAAAAACCGGAAUUUGCGAUGAACCAUUAUUAGAUGUAGUAUCUGCCAUUUUAACAAUGGGAUUUUAUCCGAAUGUGUGUUAUCAUAAAGAAAAACGGAAGGUAUACACAACAGAAGGGAAGACUGCCCUUAUUCAUAAGACAUCUGUCAAUUGUAAUAAUGACAUGGCCGGUUCUUUCCAAUCACCAUUCUUUGUAUUUGCAGAGAAAGUGCGUACUAAAGCUGUAUCUUGCAAGCAAAUGACCAUGGUAACUCCUAUUCAUCUUCUAUUGUUCGGGGCUCGCAAAAUUGAAUAUACUAAAGAAUUAGUCCAAUUAGAUAAUUGGAUAACUUUAAAAAUGGAUGUAAAAGCUGCUUCUGCAAUUGUAGCUUUAAGACCAGCUAUUGAAAGUUUAAUUGUACAUGCAUCUGAAAAACCAGAUGCUAUUGCAACGUUAAGUGAAACAGAUAUUAAACUUGUAAAUGUUCUAAAAGAACUAUGUAAUUUUAACUGUGGUAGAUACAAUCUAUCUCCAAUAUCGUUUGUUCAUGGUGAUACUCCAAAUUACAGAAGACAGUUGGACCAAACAUUUAAUAAGAGUGGUGAUGAUUCAGAUGAUAAAGUUCCACAUAUUAUUAAUCAUUCUUACCCUAGCUAUAAUAGUUUUCAAAGAGGUGGUAGAGGAAGGUAUAAUCAAGGAAUAGAUAACCAUAGAAAUUCUUUGUCUCUUUGUGAUGAAUAUAAUCAUAGAAGUUAUUAUGGUGGUAGUCCCUUUGUAAGAGGACAAGGUUUCAGAGGUUAUAGCGGAGAAGGCUUUAAAAGAAAUUUCUGA